AUGUCGUUCACACUAAUCCUUAAGAACUGCUUGGGGCGAACAAUAGUUCCAAUAUUUGUCCCAGAUACUGACCACCUGAAGCAGGACUUCAGCAUUUUAAGUAAUUCAAUCGAAAAUACGAACAACGAAGGUCUUGGAGUUGAAAAACCAGAAUCACCUUUACCCCCUGGAGCGGAAAUCAUAGUCAACCAAUUAAGGGAAAUAGCGCAGAAAGUAUUUGCAGAUGGCGAUGAAGAUCGAAAUUUAGUUAAAGAAUUGACACCAUUUGGUAUAGAAGAUACCAACGCCAGUUUUGAGGCUUCUCCUCCUGUGGUCAUCAAAGAAUUUGAAAACCUACACCUACAUCACCCU